CGUGGGGGGCAGAGGACAACAUUCCUCUUUUGGGAAUUAGUUCUCUCUUCUACCCCGUGGGGCCAGAGCUUCAACUCAUUCAGGCUUGGCAGGAAGCACAUUCACCCUCUGAGGCAAGUCGCCGGCCUUUUCAGCGUUUUUUGCUGGUGAGUCAGCCCCUAGAGGAGACCCUAGCCUUCCAUCUGACUCUCUUUUAGCAAGGGAGUAUCUCCUUUCCACGCAGUCUCUUUUGACCCUUUGAAGGAUCUGCCGGUAUCCCUCCGCUGUGACAGUGACAUAAGCUAAUCAUUGUGAGCCUUGGGGCCAUCCUAUGCACAGAUCUGAAGAUGGUGAUGGGGUGUAUGGCAGAAACUUUUCCAGGACCUGUCCACCUCAAUGUUCAGAAUGUCUGCCUAGGGGUUCAAUUCAUGGGGCCUGCCAUUCAUUUGGGGUAAAAUCUAUGCUGUCUGAAACAUUCUGUGUUUCAUGGAACUAGGGUUGUUUCCUUGUAGAACUAUUUUAAUUGCCGCUGCCCGGGACUGGAGAAAUGGCUCAGUGGUCAAGGGUUUCUGUUGUUCUUGCAGAGGACCUAAAUUCAGUUCCCAGCACUCCCAUGGCAGAUUUAACCAUCUGGACCUAUGGUUCCAGUGGGUCUAGGGUCCCUUACGGCCUCCACAGCAGCAGGCGGGCACUCAGUGCACUCAGACACAUUCAGGCAAAACACUCAUGCAUGUAUAAGAAAAAUAAAGAUAUCUUAGAAAAGGAGUAUGGGAGUUGGGGAUUUAGCUCAGUGGUAGAGCGCUUGCCUAGGAAGCGCAAGGCCCUGGGUUCGGUCCCCAGCUCCGAAAAAAAGAACCAAAAAAAAAAAAAAAAGAAAAGAAAAAGAAAAAAGAAAAGGAGUAUGGUGCCUAGCCUUCUACUGCCUAUGUCUAGAGGAUUCCUUCCCAUCUGUAGGGAACUGUUUGCUGCUUCUCUGAAGCAGAGGGAAGGGCGGGGGACUAUUUGCCUGCCAAGCAGAGUCAGGGCAGUUAGGGGCCUUUUGAAAGGUGUCCUGGCCUGCUGAGGCAUGGGAUGAUAAGAGGAGGUGCACUUAAGGCUCAAGAUGAAGAGCUGAAGAUUCUAUUGACCUUGGUGGAAGGAAUAGGGUGUGUGUGUGUGUGUGUGUGUGUGUGUGUGUGUGUGUGUACAAAUGUCUUGUGUAUACUUGAGCACAACUGUUUCUGUUAGCUUGUAGCUUUGCUUCCUACAUACUGAGUGUAACGUGGCUAUGAGAAAUACACUUGCUGCUGUGGUCGUGACCUGCAGCCCUCCCGUUAUGUCUCUCGGAUCUUUCUUCUGUCUUUGCUAUAAUCAUCCUCACUCCCCCCCCACUCCCGGAGGCCUGUUUGACUUCGUACGGGCUGGACCUGUAUACCCAUCCUCUACCACAAAUGAAGGGCCUUUGGCAGAGUUUCCUGGGGAAGGGAAAUCCCCGGAGAACCCAUAAAUUAACCAGUGAAAGCUGUACUCAUCAAGCAAGCAAAAAGGAAAUAUGAACCAGAUAACAAGAAUGAUAGAGAAAAGGUCACAGAAUCAAAGUGACUGCAUGGAAUUAUAAUUUUACAGGACAAACUGGAUUGAAGGAAGUCCUUAAUGAAAGUCCAAUGUAAAAUGACAUUGGAUUUAUAAAAAAUCCAUUGUCAUUGUGGGUAAGAACGCUGUUGCUUCGUCCAGUUCUUUGCCACCAGCCCUUCCUAUGUGCCUAGUGAGUUCCUCAGUCUACCAAGGCUGUACCAGCUACCCUUGCAGCAUAGCUCUGAUGCUCACCCUCCCUGACCUCCUUGGAUGCUGCACAACCCCUGGAUUCAGGCAUCACACCCACUUGCCCAGAUCUGUAAUCUUACACUGUGACCAAGGGGCUACAGCCAGGGGCCAGUGGUGUGUGGACAGUAGAAAUGCCUGAGUCAUCUUCCAUGCCUUACCUAAACUGGGUGGUCUCAGAGAAACUUCCAACUUCCAGGAAGAGCUUAAUAAGGAAAUCCAAAGACCUAUGGCAGUGUCUGGGCAUCUCUGGCGGUCCUUCACAGCCAGAAAUCAGACGAAACCUGCUGCAGACCGUACGACUGGACCCUUGCCAUCUUGGAAUACAGAGGUGGGGUCAGAUGCUGACCUCACAAUGGCAGAGCCUCUCUUUCCUGACCAGUCCACCACCACUGGCCAGCUGCUGUGCUGCUCCUGGGCAUGUCCCUUCUCAGCAGCUAUGAGGGCCUACGACAGGAGAUACAGCGGCUGGCCCAAGAGAAUGAGGAGCUACGGCGGCUAGUGCAGCUCAUCCAGGAAAACCAAGAGCUAAAGCUAGUCCUUAGGAGCAGGGGCAAUAGCCUAAGCUUAUGUGGCUCCAACUUCCUGUCAGAAGCAACUGCCAACCCUAGGCUGCAGAAGCGUAAGACGAUCAGAUUCAAGGAUGUCGAGAGAGGUGAGCCACGGGCAUCCUUCAGAGCUCUCUCAUCCAAUGUGUGCCCAAACGGAAAGAAGCCAUGCAAAACCCUGGGCCUGUGGAGUGUGGCCACCUGUUCCUCGUUGGGUGCUGGUGGUAGGUAGAGGGAGAUGGAGCAAACCCAGGGACAAGGGCGGGAUGAAGUCUUGGGAGUCCAUGCAGGGGCGAGGAGAUGACAUCUCUGAGAAAGUGACAUGGAGCAGAGCUGGGAUGAAAUAAUAGUUGUGAGACUGGGGCGAGCUUGACAAGCUAAGGAACGGUUAGUGCAAAUGCCCUAGGUGGCAGCCAAUUGGCUGUGAGAUUGACGCAGAGGAAAGAGGGUACCAGAAGGAUCUUGCAAGGCAGAGAGAGUUUGAGAAAAGACUGUCUCCUGGCUCUGGGUGUUCUCUCUCUCUCUCUCUCUCUCUCUCUCUCUCUCUCUCUCUCUCUCACACACACACACACACACACACUUUUUUUCUCCAUAUUAGGAGAACUCAGGGCCUCUUCUAUGCUUAACAAGUCAUCUACCACUGAGCUAGCAUGCAGCCCUCUCUAUUUUUUUGCUUUGAAAUGAAAGUCUCACUGAGCUAUGCACCACAGACCUUACUCUGGCAUCCACGAAAUGAGAAAGGGACAUGAGGACAGGUUUUGAAUGCCCAGGGGCACCAGGCAUUACCUGAAGUGUGGUGUGCAGCCCAGAGCCUACAAUACUAAUACCUAACCAGCUCACCCUAGCCUCUAGACCCAAGUGGGCCUUGAGAGCCAGUAGUACACUUAGUCUGGGCUGCUUGGGUGUGCAUGCCCUAAGCUGUGUGAUAUCUGGCCUAGUGCACGGGGAAAGUCCUUUGGGUUCAACUGACUUCCUAUGGUCUCAGAAGCUAGCUAUUCCUCAGGAGCUGCCCUCGUAGGGCAGCAUCUCCUCCACAUGGCUGAUAGUUUUACCCCUUCACUCUGAAUGCUAAAGGGCUCAGGCCUGACUUGAGCCCAGCCUGUGCCCUGCCUGAAGAGGCCCUAACUUUCUACCAGCACAAUUGAGGCUCCCUGGACUCAGUCUUAGAAAGAAUGAAAGUGCUGGCCUAGUAAGAAAGACCUGCUUUCCUGGGGCUAAAACCCCUCAAGGAACAGCAAAGCAAGAAAGAAAUUCUGGUCCUCUUUGCCUACAGUCUUGGUUGUCCUGGGGCCUCCUCUGCCUCUGCACUUUCUCUUCCUUCCAGUUAGGCCACUUAAGGGCCGGCUAAAUAAACAAGAGAGUAGAGGACACAGGAGAAGUUGCCCUGUUGCCCUCCACAAGGGGGAACACCAGUUCCAGAUUUCUGCUGGUCUCAUUACAGGAGAGAUCUCAGAUUAGCUGGACUGAGCCGUUUUUACACUGUAGGGUUGACUGAGGGAUGUGUGCAGAGGUCGCUUGUUUUGUUUUUGUUUUUGUUUUGUUUUGUUUUUUUGUGCCACUUUGCUGCUGAAUAAGACGGCCUCCUACUUUCCAUUGUUCCUUGCUUGCUACGUUCUUUUCCACCCAACCCAUCUCCCGCCUCAGGUCCUCCUACUCUGGGGAACCGUCUGAGUACUUCAGAAAUGUUGUUACUUUAGAGUGGAACCAGUUACUUGGAGACCUGAAGGUGGGUAUCAAGGGCGCCCACUUUCGGCCGACCCAGAACUUGCAGAGAGGUUCCGCAGUUCCGAGAACCAAGGUGCCCUUGAGCCAAAGCGCUGGGUCCGCCCCUAGCUGGCAAGGGCCACUCAGUCCCUCCCUCAAUCCGUGGAUCGCUCUGGGCGAAGGAGGAGGUGCUCAGGCCCGGCCCGCAUUUAUGUAAUCCGGAGGGCCAAGCACACCAGGCUUUUCUCCCAGGGUUACCAGCUGAAGAGCCAUUCCUGGACUCCAGCUUCAACGUCAUGGGCAGCCCAGAAGGGCGCUUCCAUUUCGCCAUCGACCGCGGUGGCACCUUCACAGAUGUCUUUGCCCAGUGCCCUGGAGGGCAUGUGCGUGUCCUGAAGCUGCUCUCAGAGGACCCUGCCAACUAUGCAGAUGCACCCACAGAGGGCAUCCGCCGAAUUCUAGAGCAGGAGGAGGGUGUGCUGCUGCCUCGAGGCCGACCGCUAGACACCAGUCGCAUUGCCAGCAUCCGCAUGGGUACCACGGUGGCCACCAAUGCACUGUUGGAACGACAGGGAGAACGGGUGGCACUGCUGGUGACUCGGGGUUUCCGAGACCUGCUGCAUAUUGGCACUCAGGCCCGCCCGGACCUCUUUGACUUGGCUGUGCCCAUGCCAGAGGUUCUGUAUGAGGAAGUGCUGGAGGUAGAUGAGCGAGUGGUGCUGUAUCGCGGAGAACCAGGUGCCGGCUCUCCUGUCAAAGGCCGCACAGGGGACCUGCUAGAGAUACAGCAGCCUGUGGACCUGGAAGCCCUGCGUGGGAAGCUGGAGGGGCUCUUGUCUCGGGGCAUUCACAGUCUGGCAGUGGUGCUCAUGCAUUCGUACACGUGGGCCCAGCAUGAGCAGCAGGUGGGCACGCUGGCCCGGGAGCUGGGCUUCACGCACGUCUCCUUGUCCUCGGAAGUCAUGCCCAUGGUACGAAUUGUUCCUCGGGGCCAUACAGCCUGUGCUGACGCUUACCUUACUCCCACCAUCCAGCGCUAUGUGCAGGGCUUCCGCCGAGGCUUCCAGGGCCAGCUAAAGAAUGUGCAAGUUCUCUUCAUGCGCUCUGAUGGUGGCCUCGCACCCAUGGAUGCUUUCAGUGGUUCCCGGGCUGUGCUCUCUGGCCCUGCUGGGGGUGUGGUUGGCUACUCAGCUACCACCUACCAUCUGGAAGGCGGUCAGCCUGUCAUUGGCUUUGACAUGGGAGGCACAUCCACAGACGUGAGCCGCUAUGCUGGAGAAUUUGAGCAUGUCUUUGAGGCUAGCACAGCAGGCGUUACCCUUCAGGCACCCCAGUUGGACAUCAACACAGUGGCAGCUGGCGGGGGUUCCCGCCUCUUCUUCAGAUCUGGCCUCUUUGUGGUUGGUCCAGAGUCAGCAGGUGCCCACCCAGGUCCUGCCUGCUACCGUAAAGGGGGUCCUGUGACAGUGACAGAUGCUAAUCUGGUCCUGGGUCGCCUGCUGCCUGCCUCCUUCCCCUGCAUUUUUGGGCCAGGAGAAGACCAGCCACUGUCUCCUGAGGCUUCCCGAAAGGCUCUAGAGGCUGUGGCCAUGGAGGUCAACAGUUUCUUGACCAAUGGACCGUGCCCAGCUUCCCAACUAAGUCUGGAAGAGGUGGCCAUGGGGUUUGUGCGUGUUGCCAAUGAAGCCAUGUGCCGGCCUAUCCGUGCCCUCACACAGGCACGAGGCCAUGACCCCUCAGCCCAUGUAUUGGCUUGCUUUGGAGGAGCUGGUGGGCAACACGCUUGUGCCAUUGCCCGGGCCCUGGGGAUGGAUACUGUGCACAUUCACAGGCACAGCGGGCUGCUGUCAGCACUAGGACUGGCCUUGGCAGAUGUGGUUCACGAAGCACAGGAGCCCUGUUCCCUGUCUUACACACCUGAAACCUUUGCACAACUGGACCAGAGACUGAGCCGCCUGGAGGAGCAGUGUGUGGAUGCCUUGCAGGUCCAGGGCUUCCCUAGGUCUCAGAUCAGCACCGAGAGCUUCCUGCAUCUUCGCUACCAAGGCACUGACUGCGCCCUAAUGGUGUCUGCCCAUCAGCAUCCGGCCACAGCCUGCUCACCCCGUGCUGGUGACUUUGGAGCCGCAUUUGUGGAGAGGUACAUGAGAGAGUUUGGCUUCAUUAUCCCCGAGCGGCCGGUGGUGGUAGAUGAUGUACGUGUGAGGGGAACUGGCCGUAGUGGACUUCAGCUGGAGGACACCCCCAAAAUCCAGACUGGACCUCCCCACGUGGAAAAGGUGACCCAGUGCUACUUUGAAGGGGGUUAUCAGGAGACUCCCGUGUACCUUUUAGGAGAACUAGGCUACGGGCACCAGCUCCAAGGGCCCUGCCUUAUCAUCGACAACAACAGCACCAUCCUUGUAGAACCGGGUUGCCAAGCAGAGGUGACUGAUACAGGGGACAUCCGCAUUUCUGUGGGAGCUGAGGGUCCUAGUAUGGCAGAUACCAGGCUUGACCCCAUCCAGCUGUCUAUUUUCUCACACCGCUUCAUGAGCAUUGCUGAGCAGAUGGGCCGCAUCCUACAGCGCACAGCCAUCUCUACCAACAUCAAGGAACGCCUCGACUUCUCCUGUGCCCUCUUUGGGCCAGAUGGGGGCCUCGUCUCCAAUGCUCCCCACAUUCCUGUGCACCUGGGUGCCAUGCAAGAGACUGUACAGUUCCAGAUUCAGCACUUAGGAGCCGACCUCCAUCCUGGUGAUGUGUUGCUCAGCAACCAUCCCAGCGCAGGGGGCAGCCAUCUUCCUGACCUGACUGUCAUUACACCGGUGUUUUGGCCAGGCCAGACGAGGCCUGUGUUCUACGUGGCUAGCCGAGGGCACCACGCAGACAUUGGAGGAAUCACACCGGGCUCUAUGCCGCCUCACUCCACCACGCUGCAACAGGAGGGUGCCGUUUUUCUGUCCUUCAAACUGGUCCAGGGAGGCGUCUUCCAGGAAGAGGCAGUGACAGAGGCCCUACGGGCACCAGGCAAGAUCUCUGGCUGUAGUGGAACCAGGAACCUGCAUGACAACCUGUCGGAUCUUCGUGCCCAGGUGGCAGCUAACCAGAAAGGCAUCCAGCUGGUGGGAGAGCUGAUCGGACAGUAUGGCUUAGAUGUGGUGCAGGCCUAUAUGGGCCAUAUUCAGGCGAAUGCUGAGCUAGCAGUGAGAGACAUGCUCCGGGCUUUUGGAACUUCCCGGCAGGCCAGGGGCCUGCCCCUGGAGGUGUCUGCAGAGGAUCACAUGGAUGAUGGCUCUCCCAUCUGUCUGCGUGUUCAGAUCAACCUGAGUCAGGGCAGUGCGGUAUUUGACUUCACUGGUUCCGGGUCUGAGGUGUUUGGCAAUCUCAAUGCCCCGAGAGCCAUAACACUGUCUGCUCUCAUCUAUUGCUUACGCUGUCUAGUGGGCCGUGACAUCCCACUUAACCAGGGUUGCCUGGCUCCUGUGCGUGUCAUAAUUCCCAAAGGCUCCAUAUUGGAUCCAUCCCCAGAGGCAGCAGUGGUCGGCGGCAACGUGCUCACAUCUCAGCGAGUAGUGGAUGUCAUUCUGGGGGCUUUUGGGGCCUGUUCAGCCUCCCAGGGCUGCAUGAACAAUGUGACCCUGGGCAAUGCCCGUAUGGGCUACUAUGAGACAGUGGCUGGUGGUGCCGGUGCGGGCCCUGGCUGGCAUGGGCGCAGUGGUGUACACAGUCACAUGACCAACACACGCAUUACGGAUCCAGAGAUUCUGGAGAGUCGGUAUCCAGUUAUCCUGCGCCGCUUUGAGCUGAGGCCAGGCUCCGGGGGCCGAGGUCGCUUCCGGGGAGGUGAUGGCGUAGUCCGAGAGCUGGUCUUUCGGGAAGAGGCGCUGUUGUCUGUGCUCACCGAGCGCCGGGCCUUCCAGCCUUACGGCCUCCACGGGGGAGAGCCUGGUGCGCGUGGCUUAAACCUCCUGAUCAGAAAAGAUGGGCGCACAGUGAAUUUGGGCGGCAAGACAUCUGUGACCGUGUACCCCGGGGACGUGUUCUGCCUCCACACGCCUGGGGGUGGGGGCUACGGAGACCCGGAGGAUCCAGCGCCACCACCAGGCUCGCCCCCGCUAUUUCCAGCCUUCCCCGAGCGCGGCAGUGUAUUCGAGUACCGCCGCGCCCAGGAAGCCGUAUGAGUGCCCCACAAUAAAGAUCCUUUGAAUCGCACGAUA